AUGUCCGCCCUCCCCGCGCUGCACAUGUCGCACAUUAUCGCCGCCGACGCCCCGCUCACCUCCCCCAUCUCCGAGUCGCUCACCGUCCCCUGGGACCGCGACCCGGCGCUCGCGGCGCUGUACGACCCCUUCGCACUCCCCGCCCCGAGCUCGCUCGCGGCCGCCGUCCCCGAUUCGCGCCUCGCGCUCAAGGGCCGCGCAACCCCCGACGCGACGCCCGAGGCGUGCGUGUCGACGCACCAGGUCUUCGACCUCGCGCCCUCGCAGCUCGUCCAGAUGAGCAGCCCGGCGUCCUCCCCGUCGUCGUCGCCCCAGAUGGAGAUGCACGACCUCCCGGGCGCCGGGCAGCACACGUUCUCGGCCUCGGGCGACGACGAGUGCGAGAGCCUGGUGCCGUCGAAGCGGCCGUCGGUGACGAUCGCGGGCAACGGCCAGUGCGCGAAGAAGCCGAGGGCGGCGGAGCGGGUGAGCACCAAGGACUUUGUGCCGCCGGACGUCACGGGGCUCAGCAAGCGCGAGGCGCGGCUGGUCAAGAACCGCGCCGCCGCGUUUCUGAGCCGGCAGAGGAAGCGGGAGGAGUUUGAGAACAUGGAGAUCCGUGUCGCCGAGCUCGAGCAAGAGAACGCCCGUCUUCUGGCUUCCAUCCAGCAGACUACUCCGCCCCCAUCGGGUCCUGAGGACAUCCUCAAGUCCGAGCUCGAGCAGCUCAGGCGGCAGCUCGCGGAGACCCAGCAGCGCGAACGCGAACUCGCAGAGAAGCUCGAGGGCGCACCCGUUGUCGCCCCCACCCCGGCCGCGCCGGCGGCGGAGGUAAAAAUGGAGGCCGUCGAGCCUUCUCUUCCCGUUUCGCUUCGCGCGCACAAGGGCGAGCGUUCAGGAGCAAGCUUUGGGCUCAUGGUCCUUCUUUGCGCGCUCCCGACGCUCCUCUCCAUGCCCGCGCACACCGCGAUCUCGAACAGCAUGUCUUCGUUCAGCCACUCGCAUUCGCACUCUCACUCGCACUCGACCUCGCUCGACAUGACCUCUUUCGGCACUGGCGACCUCGACUGGGGCUUCGGCUUCGGCUCGGGCGCCAUGGACCUCGACCUCGCGCCGUCGUCUCUCGUGUCGGAUGAGCCUGCUGAGCCCGAGUUCAAGAAGCUCGAGUUCGCGGACGAGAAGCUUGGUCUCGGUGGUCUCGAUAUCUCGUUCGACGCCACCGCCGCCAAGGAGGGCCGCAUCCGUGUCCGUAUCCACCCCCCGGCAUCCGAGAACGGCGAACAGGCAGAAGACGACCACACGAUGUGGCAAGAGACGCAAGACGACCUUGGCCCCUUCCUCGGUGUUGGCGCUGAUUUCGACACGCCCUCCUCUUCGUUCGGCUCCUCAUCCUCGCUGCACCCGCUCGACUUCUCUUUCCCCCAGUCCUCGUCAUCCUACUCGUCCGCGUCCUCACCAUCACACCUCACGUCGCCGACGUCUGCGUUCUUCUCGACCGCGCCGUCGCCAACGCAUGUGAACGAGUACGAGUUCGAUCUGGGCAGCGAGUACGGCAGUGUGGGGAGCGGAAUGUCGCGUGCGGGCAGUCCGGGCAUCAGCUCGUCAAACGGCCGUCGUCGGGUGCGUAUCGCGCUGCGCGGCAUGCCCGGCAAGGGUAAAGAGGGCGGCGAGUGGGAGGUCGAGGUGUGCUAG